AUGGUAAGAUCUUCAAGCUCAGAACGGGUGGUAGCUGUGUGGAAUAAACUUCCUCAGACCGUUGUCCACGCUCCUUCCAGAACCCAGUUCGAAGCACUAGUGGACACUUAUUUAUCCGCUGAACGGCGAGAACAGAACCGGCCCGGGAAAUUCGGCCAAAAGCUCCGAUUUUGUGCAUCAAUCCGUGACCAAUCAGGACCCAGCUCACUGGGUUGGGAGCACUUUUCAACCCCUUUUCACUCGAACCCUCGCGCUUGUAAGAUUACUGCCCCGCACUGUGAACUUAAAGAACGGUGCUACACUCUUUUCGUGCUUGUAAUUCCAGGCGAACGGAAGCCUCUUAACGACAAGCAGAAACCCGACCCGAGGAGUUUGGGCGAAAGCCUCGAUUAUAUGUAUUAUUCCUUGAAUCCGAAUGGGUUGUUGAUCUCGCCAGCUAAAGUGGGUGAGUCUGUAAACAUUCAACACAAAUACAACCAAUAUACACAUACCACCAUAACCAAUUUUCCUCUUUGUCCAUUCGGUGGCUGCGCCAAGACCCAGUCCGACUGGCGACCACGCCAGGAUGGUUACCGCACACAGAGUAGACCUGCCACAAAGAUCCUGGCUCUUCAUAUGUGCAUACAGGCCUCAGAGCUAGCACGUUGCUCACUCACACACAGUAGACGCAGCCCCGGAUACAUCAAACCCUGCACGCGCUCACCAGCUUAA